AUGAAACUUUCACUGCCAACAUGUUUGCUGCUCCUCUCUUGCUACCAAUUAGCCUUGCUCUCCAUAUCAUGCAAUGCUAAUCACCAAAUUAACAACCUCAAUAAGUUGAUUAAGUCUCGCAAAUCCGGGACUAAUCCUCCUCAUGAUCGUAAAUCGUGGGUUGGCUUAGAUGAUGUAGUGGACUCUUUUUCUCCGGUGUACGUUGGCCCCCAACAUGGGUUGAAGGAAGCUGAUAAAAUUGAAGCUUUGCCAGGCCAACCAGCUGAAGGAGUAAACUUUGAUCAAUAUGCAGGCUAUGUUACUGUGGAUCCUAAAGCUGGGAGAGCUUUGUUCUACUACUUUGUAGAGUCACCCCAUAAUUCUUCAACCAAACCUCUAGUGUUAUGGUUAAAUGGAGGCUACAUUUGGUGGCCCGGAUUAAACUGGACUAUUGUGUACUUAAUGCAGGACCAGGAUGCUCGUCGCUUGGAUAUGGAGCCAUGGAAGAACUUGGACCGUUCAGGGUCAGCAGUGAUAACAGGACGCUAUACCGUAAUGACAUACGCUUGGAACAAGGUGGCAAAUGUGAUCUUCUUGGAGUCUCCAGCAGGAGUUGGGUUCUCAUAUUCCAACACAUCAUCUGACUACGAAAGCUUGGGUGACAAGCAAACGGCGAAGGACUCUUACACAUUUCUUGUAAACUGGCUGGAGAGGUUUCCUCAAUAUAAAACCAGAGAUUUCUUCAUCGCUGGAGAGAGCUAG